GCGUCCCGCGCGACUGUUGAUACCUCCAUCGGCAACGCUCGAUGGCCGAAGUCGGGAUCGCUUCCUCCCCGACCUAAAGCGACCACGAAGAAGACGAUACAAGCAGUUGGAACAUGGGUGCGGAAGACCUCCUCGAGGAAGAUGCACGGGCCGACUGGAUCGAGCGCGGCUUCGCGCUCAAGGACUUUAGCAUGAAGAAGAUGACCAAGAUAUGGGACGACGAAGAGCGAGAAGAGCGAGCUCGCGAGAAGAAGAAGAAGAUCAUCGCGCUCAAGCACGUGCCGAUCUCGGCCAACGUCCAGAAGGUCCUGAGCAAAGUCUCUGGCAGCGUCGCGCAGUCGUCAUCCGCUGUCUUCGAGUCGCUCGCAAGCUACGAGCCGACGAUCCUCCGCAAUCGGCGUUGGCUCCGCGAGCAUGUUGCGCUUAUUCACCAGAUGGACGAGGAGAGUAUGCGCUACAAGCGCCUCAAGCUCCAGAGCCAUACGCAGUACCGCAAGGCGGCCAAGGAGAUCGCCGAGAAGGAAGAAGAUCGACACGCUCGCAUCGAGCACAAGGCGCCGCUGCUUCGACGGCUCCGUAAGAUGAAGACCGCUGCCGACACGAAGGAUCGAGCCUACGAGAACGAGCAGCUCGAGAUCAAGUGGAAGUACUGGCGAGAUCUCCAAACGCAAGAGAAGGAAGCGUACGAAAGCCAAGUGGAGACGCUCAGCGCAGCGCAGGUCGCACACAAACGGUUCAUGAACAUGCAGUAUUGGCGCGCCAAGCUGGUUCAGAGCCGGAAAAACAGUGCAAAUGCUACGGAAGCGCGGGACGCCGAGAUGCGCGCCGAGGCCGAGGCCAAUGUCGACCAUGUGCUCAAAGAAAUUGCCUUGGCCGACGGCGAGCCCGAGCGGUGGGAGAGCCUCGACAUGGAGAGGUCGAUCACGAUGAAUGGACUUGGUGUGUUUGGCAUCCCCGUGGACCCGGGUGACUUCGAGUCGCUUGAAGACGGCGGGUUCCAGCCCGAGCUCGACGAGCACACGAUCGCGUUUCCUACUGCCGGACCAUUUGACAUGAGCCACGAAGAAGUCCGCGUUGCCCUCCAAGACGCCUCGUCCAAUCUGCGCGCGGCCCAGGAAAAGCAGUGGGCGCUCGAUCGCGACUACGACGUGACGCGCCAAGACCAUGCAACCAUGACCGAGAAAGAGACCGAGAUCCUCAAACUUUUGUCGCAGAUCAAGGCCGACCACGACGAUCUGCUCGAAGUACUCGCAGGCCCGCCACGCAGGGAACCCGGCGACCUCGAGCGCAGUCAAAUCCACGCAUGGAUGGAAUUAAAGCAGUCGUUGGAAUCACGCCUCGAGGAUGUCCGUGCGCGCUUGCGUCUCGCUACGACACAGUUGAGCCGCCUUCGGGAUCAUCUGGAGGCAGUCCAGGCCGACAUCCGCGAGCACGAAGCGCGGUCGGACGCUCUGCAAUUGACCGUUGAUGGCUUCGACGGUGCGGCCAACGACCUCCCAAUGGUCAUCGGUCGGUCCAUUGGCCGAUUGCCCGAUACGGCGCCGAUGCUGCCACAAGCGCUACUUACGCGCAUUUCCCACCGGACGCGGUUCGAGCUCAUCAAAGCCGCGGCUGAGCCGGCGUUUCAAGUCUACGAAGAAGCCCGCGCCCUUGGUCUUGAGUCGUGGAAGAUCUCCAAGCAAAAAAUGCUGAAUGAAGGAGAGCUUGAAGCUGCGCUCCAUCGGCUCGCUACGAUCAAGGACAAGCUCCUCUCGCAGCAAUCGCUCAACCAACGCGCGGAUGUUGUGAAUGCGGUCGAGAAGUUCCACGCCAAGCACCAUUCGCUGUAUUCCGUGCAAAAAAUUUCUACGGGAGAUCUCGAGUGGUGGAAGCAGCGCGACGAAGACAACUCGUUGGGCGUCUCGCUUUCGCCGCUCGGCGACACCAUUCUCCUGGACGCGCCGUUGCGGCGAGGAGUUUUGCGCGGUGCCUGCCUCUUGCCGAGUCACAGCCUUUGGCAGCUACACUUUUCGAUCCGAAUCCUGUCGACAGCAAGUCCCGCCUCCUUUACUCACGAAGACAAGGUCAAGGUGAGCUUCGGUACGACAGCGGCCGAGCAAACGCAAGCCGGCGUCUACAGUGUCAUCAACGACCACGGCGAGCUGCACGAUCGCCACGACUUGGUGAUUGCGUUUGUGGGCACGCGGCUUUGCUACAGCAUCGAGUAUUGGAAGGGCCCAUUGUCGCCGGCGCAUGUCCUCGGCCUUGAGGCGGUCGGGCGGUUCACCGAAGACGUAACAGCUCAAGUCGAUUUGUACUCAACCAAACACGUGCUCUCCGAGUACGUCAAGAUGCUGCGGAUCCAGAGCCACCAAGGCAACCACCGGAUAGCUGCGCUUCUCGAGGAGCUCAUUGCAGUCGACGCGAGCAGCGAAGAGCUUUGGGACUCCAAGGUGCUUCACGGCCACAAUCAGCGCUUUCUUCGCACACACUACGCAGCGCAGUUGCGUGCUAGCAUCCAAGCUGAGGUUUCCAAAUCGAUGGACAAGGACAUUCGCAAGCGACGAGAGGCCUACGAGCAAGCCGUGCAGUCCCGAGCCUUGCACAACCGGCGAGAGAGUCAAGCAAUCGCAUCGCCACAAGAAAUCCGUCUAGAAGCCUCCAUGCUCGAGUACCGGCACAGAAAGAGCGAGUAUAUUGAGGCAGCGACCACAGCAGCACGCAAGCUACUUGGUUCACCGCUUGAGAUUGUGUUGGAUGAAUCCUGGUGCCGGGGUAUUAUCAUGAACAUGCGCAUCGAAUGGCGCGAAGGCGGUACAAAACUGUCGUUUUUACAUCAAGUGCUUUUGGCGUCGGCUACGUCCGUGUGGCUUGACCUCUCGACGGUCAAAUAUGUUCUCGUUGUAAAUGAGAUGGACGUUGUCGUCGCACAGUCACGAGCACACGAGAUCGAGGAAGAAGUGCAUUUGGCUCAACAGCGCCACGUCGCACUUCAAAUGGAGACGACCAAGUCGCUCUUGGAACUCGAGCGAGAGUAUUUGGUCAUUAUGAACCAAGAGGACGCGGCGUUUGAAGACGCAAAAGGCCGCGACCUCCUUCGGCGCGAGAAGGCACUACAACAAGAGGCGACGCGCGUGUGCCACUACGACCCGCAAGUCGUGUCUCUGCUCGAGCUUGAGGCGCACCGUCUUUGUCGGCGCGUCGAUGUGCACGAGUCGUUUGACGCGACUCUGCGUCUCCUCCAGCUCAACUACGUUAAAGAGACGGUGCAGUCCCGCAUGCAAUUCAUCCACAAAACGUGGGUCCGAAAAAACACGCGGCGACUCGAGAAACGUAAGCUCGAGCGACGCGCGCGCAAGAUCAAGUACGACCAGUCCAUUGCGGCCAAGCGCGAGAUCGUCGCCAACGAAGAACCCGAGGUCGUAUCGAAAGUGAUCGACCCGCGGACCGACAACAAUGGCCAUCACCGCAUCGUUCUGCGCAUUCCCAACUUUGAGAAAGCCGUUGCGCCCGGCCCGGCCUGUACCCACGCGCACGUGAAAUCGUGGGGUAGUCUCUAUGGUCAAGGACUACGCUGCAAAGACUGUGGCCGAGAAGUUGCGCACCUAGAAAACGAAGGCAGCGAGGGUGCCCGUGGACCCGACCCAGCGCUGGACCGAGAUGUCGAGCGGCAUCGUGAAAAUGAAGCGAGCUUUCGGUUUACAUCGGCGGCACAGCUCGCGCGCGUCGAGGCUGAGCGCUUGCGACUGGAAAAAGAGCGCCGAGAAAUGGAAAUUUUAGAGACGCGCGGGUACGACUCCGUGCACAGCAAAGCCAUAACGGAGCUCAACUUUCGGCAUGGGAUUGACCGCGAAAACGCCGCACUCGUUGCAACACGCAAUCGCGAGGACCGUCAUGCUGCGUCGUACCGCGACGAAAUCAGCUUCUACGCCCGGAUCAAUCAGUUUCGAUAUCGUCUCGGCUUGAUUUUGAAGCUUCGGAGUGACUUGUACGAAGCGCGGGUGCUCGAGUUGGAAAUGAUCACAUCACUCCACAUGGACCGCGAAAGGACGGACGGGACAAUCGCGAUCGUUCAAGUUGAACAAGAAGCCGCGCGGGAGCUCUUACGUCGGCGACGAGAAGCCAUAGCGCAGUACGCCGCGUCGGCUGAAAACCUCAAGGCGUGUUUGAUCGAAAAGCAGCUCGCCAUCCAAGCACGACAAGGCGUCGAAGAGGACGCCAAGUUUGCUAUGCUGCACGCCCUUGCCCUCGACCACACCAGCGCGACGAUGCGACGACUUUUUCUUCAGGCCCAGGACGAGCGUGGUCGUGUACGUGAUGCGGUUCGCGAUGCCAAAGAAGCGCGCGAAGCUGCCGUUGCCUUUCGACGAACCCUCGCCGACAGUCUUUUAGCCCUCUUUUAUCGCCAAAAAGGCACCAAGGUGCACACGAUCUAUGGGGCCGGCCACGUGCUGUACUACCGCGAGGUGGACGCCGUUGUGGCCGUCAAGCUCGAGGCGUGGAAAGCCACUGUUUUCCAGCCCCUUGCACUUUUCGUACAUGCCGACAAGGCCAAGCAACAGGCCGAAGCACUUCACAUGACGACAGCUGAGGCCGAGAUGCGCGCCUUUGUAGUCGGCGAGCGGGCGCGGAACGCGAUGGAGCUGGCCCUCAUGCGCGAGGAAGAAGCGCAGUGCCAAACGAUCGUGGCGUGGGCGGUGCUCAGCGCCGCACAGAACGCCCGCAUGGACGAAACGCUGACGCAGUGCGAGCUUCGUAUACAAUUCCAACUGCAAACAAAAGCCGCCAAGGUUGAACUGGCUGCAGCCGCGUCGGCCGAGGCGACGAAAGCGCACACGAGUAAGAUCAAAAUCGUCAAAUCCGUUUGGCAGCCGCUGCGCAAGCCACCUCGCAAGUCCAUAUUUGCGCGCUCCAAGCCCGCAUUAGCUGGCGCAAAGCCGCUUGUUGUCGUUGCACAGCCAGACGACAAACCAACGCCGCCGCCCAAGCCGGUCAAGCAGUCCAAGGUUGACCACGUGCGCCUCGUGCGAGCAUGUCAUAAGCGAAUGUACAUGGACAAGGUCGAGCAAGAGCUUUUGCGGUCGCGUGCAGCGCUCGCGGCGCAGUUUGGGGCGGAGCGAGAACGCCACUUGCGAGCACAGGUGCAAACCGAGUACCUCUAUGGGUUUCUCGCCGACUUGCUCGCAGACAUCGCGGCCGAGACGAUCGCCGAGGGCGAGGCGAGCACGCGCGAGCUCGAGGUCGCAUCCAACGUGGUCUUUUCCAUUCCGCACCCGCAUCUGCAAGUGCAUUUGUAUCGCGCGCUCCUCCGACAAAUGCAGGGACAUACGCUCCAGCUUCAAGUGAUGCAGCGAUCGUGGGCGCGCCAGAUUCAGCGAUUGCGCUGCGUGCAAGCCGAGGUUGCACGGCGGAAAGCCCUCUCAGCCGCCAUCGAGGCCGAGCGCAAGCGCAUCGAAGCGCUGUGCAAAGAAAUGGCCCGCGAAGAAGUCUUUUGUCGACGCUUUUACCGUGAAGAGAAACGCUUGAUGCUGCAAGAGUCCCGCACCAUGCAGCUCGCCGAGAACGAAAUGCGCGAGUACAUUCGCCAAGUCGAGCUGCAAAAGAUGCUCGCGCAGUUUGAUGCCCUCGGCGCGGACGCCAACAAGAACAUGUCGAGCAAGGAGGCACGGCGACUCGAAAUCAAAAUGAACAAGCGCGAGAUCAAGCGACUUGCGAUCGAGUGGGCGCUCGUCAAGAAAGAGGACGAGCUCGCUUUGGCGCUACGCGAGGUCUUUUUGAAGGAGGAGCGCGACGCGCUCUACGAGCAACAGCAACUCGAAUUUAUGCUCGAGCAAGCGGCGUUUCAAGACUCGGACAAUGAAGACGACGACGACGAUGCGCCCAACGUUGUUGUGGACGCACACACGCUCGUCGAGCACGCCAACAAUACUGAGGUCGCGUCGGCCUCGCCAUUAACACGCGACGAACUCAAGCAGGCCAACCGUCGGGAAAAGCGCCGUGAAGUGCAACGUCUCGCAGCCAUCAAGAAAGCCGAGUUUGCCCAUCAGCUCAACGAAGAGUACAUGAUAGCAGCCGCCGAAACCUUUCACAGCGUUGCGACCGCUGAGCUCUGCGUCCUGAAGACGACGCAGACAUUACAUGUCUUGCAGCGCCGGUCCAUGGACCUUGUCCAAGUCGGCGCUAUGCAGGUGGAUAUGCGCCGAUGUCUUCAGCUCGCGCAGCAGGUCAUGGCGGGCGCACUACAGAAGAAGGCUUUUGCAGAAGCGUGCAUUGCGCGCUGCAUUGCUGCUGAGGCGGCGCUCGAGCGCGCGAUCGUCAAGGAGAAAGCCGACAACAUUUUCAUGAUCAAAACCGUGCGCGAGACGGCCUUUAUGGACUCGGCCGUGCUCCACAAGCGCGUCCAGCGCUUCCGCACCGAGUACCUCGCGGGCCAGCUUUACACGCGGUAUUUUGAGCUGCUGGUCGAUCUUGUUCUCUACCGCACGAUGGCCGUCUCGGCCGAGCGCAAUCUCUUUCGCCUCACGGACGAAAUUGAGCGCCUCGACACCGAGAGUGCGACGAAAGCGGCGCAGGUCGCAGCACUAUGGCGCAAACACAACCGUAGUGCCCGUCUUCGCCUCUUGCGGUCGGAGCUCGGUCGGCGCUUCUUCCGAAAGGAGCGCCAGCGCGCCCUCCAGCGCGCGUUCCAAGGCUUGGUCAAGGUGUGGACGCACGCAGUCAUUGUACGCAACGCCUACGAUUUACGCUACACGCUGCUUCGCCAAGAAGGGCAGCUUCAGAAGCUCGAAGCCAUGGAAGUUCCCGAGGUGGCAGUGCAAGAAACGGAAGCGUUGCCGCGUGAGACCACGACGACGCUACGCAAGUUCCAGCACCGCUGGAUCACGUGCCGGCUCUGCAAAACACGGUAUUCAGACGCGCAGAACAAUCGGUUUGCGUGCGUUUACCACCCGGGCACGUACGAGGUCGCUUGCGUCAAGUCGUGUGGCACGCGCAAGGGCGGUCCGAUCCAGGCCAACUGCAUGCUGCAUCGAGCCAAGCGCUGGCUCUGCUGCGACCAAACCAUUGAGGGCGCCUUCGGCAGCACCGGGUGCAAGCGCCGGUUCCACCUGCCGACGCGCGACGACCCGACAAUCGCAGCGACUGUCGCGGACGCCGAAGCCACCGAGAAGAUCAAGCUCGAGGCCGUGACGUCGGAGCUAGUCGCGCUUCAACAAGCCAAUGUCUCGGGCAAAGUGUACUCCGCCUUUCGGGAUCAGCUCGGCACAAUUGAAGCCGGCUUGGUCGCUGCCCGCGCGAAGGUCGUCGAGUUCGAUGCGUUUCAUAAGCGCUAACACACGCUCGCGGGUUUUUACGCUUUGAGACUCGACAGGCAACUUCAACC